AAGUUUUCCUCCUGUUGUAUUAAGGACUUACACUUAGUGGUACACACGCUCAACAUGAUGUUGCGUCUCCCACAUACCACUGGUGCAAGCGCAUCGCUACUCGGAUCCUUUUUCUUUGGCACAGCACUAGUUCUGGUUCGUGCUUCCAACAUACUGGAAGAAGUACCGCAAAAUGAAUGUGAGGCCGCAGCGCACCCGAACGCAAACGUUGUACCUGCGUACGCUGCUGUAGAUGCAUCACAAUCUUCGCUGCCGUUUCCCUACAACAGGAAGGAGGACUCCGAUGCCGUCUACUACGCGGCCACACGUGCUGCAAGCGGUCAGUGCGGAAGUCAGGAUGGACAUGAUGAAGUAGGUCUCUUCCGACCUGCACUACGUCCUUCUCCUCGGCCAAACACAUCAACUUCUGAGAGGCUUCGAGAGCACAUCAAACACAUCGCCGCAUCCUCACCGACCAGCACUAAAGCUUCCUCAUGGAAUAAAAACGACGCUGGUGCUGGUGCUUUGGCGUCGUUCCUGCGACCUCAACCGGCUGUGGUGGAAGAAGAACGAACACGAAGUCAUACUGCGCCUUUAUUUCUUUCCCCCACCCCAACUUUCGGCGGCGACAUUCGGACCAAGCACGACGCGAAACUGCCGAAAUCCAUCUACCUCGACGGCAACGCCUGGGGGUGCGGCGUCUAUAUUGGCGUUUUGAGCGAGUUUGAGAAGCAGUUUGGGGUCGGGUUCGGAAAAAAAGUUUUGAUCCAGGGCGAUUCCGCCGGUGCUUUACUCGGUUUGAUCUGGGCCCUGGGCGGGUCCGCGGAAUGGUCACGGGAAGUGUACAGCAAGAUGGCAGCGUGCGGUGCCAGGGAAAUGUUUAAACUGCGGAUCAGCGACUACCACGAGGCGACGUUGGACGAGGUGGAGAAGCACUAUCCUGAUGCGCACCUUCUCGUGCGCGACAACUUCCAGGUCGGAGUCACCGUCGGGUUUCCGGGCGAGCACCGGUGGCUGUCGAAGUUUGAGACGUUCGCCGAUAUGCGGCGUGCGAUACACGGGUCCAUGCACAUCCCGAUCUUUUGCAGAAAGUUACCUUUUCUGCACUACCCGAGCGACUUUUUCACCGACACGAAAAAUGGCGUCGAGCAAGACACAACUUCUGCGAAUACUAAAUGUAGCCCGGCCCCUCAAGAAGAACGAAAACCACGUCGACAAGAACCACGGCCCAGGAAACUGUCCGUCAUUGACGGUGGUGCGUCGAUGCGGGCCCGGCACCUCGCGCACGGCAGCUAUCCUGUGCAAAAGUAUCGCGCUCGUUGUAUUGCAGUCAUGCAUUACGUAUCUUUCUCUUAAUGUAAAUCAUCAUUACAAAUUUCAUUUCUCAUGCUGAGGAAAUUUGUAAUGCAUUUAUACGAAUGCGAUACUUGUUUUGCAAUUCAUAGCAGCGAGACACUGGUGAUUUCCGCGAUGCCUUGGGCCGAGUUUCCCGACAAUAAUUUCGCGGACUUGAAGGCCACUUUGUCGCCGAGCCAGUGUUUACUCCCGCCAGAAGACUCGAACGAUUUGUACAAGCUGGGAGAAAAGCUCGCGCAGGACUGGCUCGCAAACGGUGGCGUUUUGCGGAAAAAGCACCGGUCGAUGUUGACCAUGCACGGGUUGCUGUUUUUUGGCAGGAUUGGGUUUUGGGGCGCCCGGUUUUUUGAAGAGACCUGCCUGCCAGCGUAUGUACGGAGGGAAACGGUAGAUAAGGAUGGAAAUGCGAUUCCAAUUGAGAAGUUGGAGAAGAAUAUGGACGAGCAGGGCUACACUUCGAGAAGUUCAUCAACUGCUAUGAAAGAAGUAGACGCAGUAAACCAGCACUGGAGAAGUAGACUCUGAGCUUCAGUAUGAAACGCAAACGCCCCCACAUCAAGAUAAAAGACAGCCGCCUUUGUCUGUCUAUGUCUUCAAUGAUCAAUAUCGCAAGUGGUGCGAGAAGCGAGGUGAUACCAUC